AUGGGGUUCCGGCGGACCAAAAAACAGAGCUCCAGAGAGUAUCAUUGGCCAAGCCUCCGUCAUAUAUACGGAAACCGUGAUCGUGGCCUCAAUUCGACUCCGCAAACCUCCCCUUCCCUCACCCUUUUUCAUUCCUUCACUCGUUCAAUCCUUUACAUCCAACUAAUCACAAUGGCCUCUCCUCGUCCCGCCUCCCCUCUCACCUCCGGCGCUGAGUCCGGCCCCGAGUCCAAGUCCGCUGGUGCUGGCUCUGGCGCCGUUGCCUCCGGCUCCUCCGUCAGCCGUCCUUCCUCGCCCACUCCACCCGGUGGCCCUCGCGCUGCUAUGCGCCGCCGUGCCGCCGCCGACCACAAGGAGACUCUGCGAAAUGCUCGUCCUAGCUCUACUCGCUCCGCCGGUGCUGGUGGUUCCUCCGGCACCAUGCUGAAGCUCUACACCGAUGAGAGCCCCGGUCUGCGUGUUGACCCCGUUGUUGUCCUGGUUCUGAGUCUGGGAUUCAUCUUCUCGGUCGUUGGUCUGCAUGUCAUCGCCAAGGUCACCCGCAAGUUCUCCGCAUAA